AUGUCGUUUGAGUCAACUCUAGAGCAAGGCGAUGUGGAGAUGCUCGACGCGAGCUCUGACGAGGAGGUAGUCGAAAUCGCGGAGGAGGAGCUCCUAGCAGACAAGUAUAGACAGUUGAAAGAGCGCUUUGGUUUCUUCGGCGACAAGUAUGCGCCUGAAGAACUAGAUGAGCUAGACUGGAAUCGGGAUGUGGUGGAUCGGGCACGCCGAAUACUAGGGGACCCGAAUUUUCCGCAUCUUCUUCUUGUAGGACCAGCUGGCAGUGGAAAAAAGACACGUACUUUUCAGAAAAUAUUUGUUGUGUCGUCGUAUUCCGUUGCUCAAAAGAACAGGGCACCGACAUCGACUACGACAUCACACGUUACUCCCACAUCUCGAUUGAUUCAAAGUGCUUACUUAACACGAAUCAUGCAUUUAGUUAUUGGAUUAUAAACACUGAUAUUCUAAUUUAAGAAACAGAACAGGUGUGCUGGCACUGCUGCGAUCGCUGUUCGGCACUGCGCACGUAGAUAACAGCAGUGUCGUCGAGGAAAAGAUAAAUGGUGUCGAAGUCCGCUAUGUUACAUCGCCAGUACACACGGAGCUAGACGUUUCUGGAAUGGUCGGGUCGCGCGAUAGCAAAGUGGUUUCUCAUCUCCUCGAGGCUGGGGAGCACAACGUUGCCGGAUUUCGGGUUUUUGUGGUUUACAAUGCGCACCUCCUAUCAAUGGAUGCGCAAAGUGCUCUGCGUCGGACGAUGGAGUCGGUGGCGAAAAAAGGCCGAAAAGUGUUCUUGGUUUGCCAGGACGCACAGGGCAUCAUCGACCCCAUACAAGGCAGGUGUACGCGCUUACGACUAGCAGCACCAGACAACGCGACGAUCGUGCGCAUUUUAACAACCGUGGCGGAACGUAUCAAUUUGUUUACAUUUUCGCUCGUUUACAUUUUCGUGUAACUGUACACGAGGUGAAACUCUUUUGUUAUAACGCAGGAUUUUAGCCCUGCCGAUUCUUGAAAAGUAACAGUAGCCAUCCUGAACAGAUAAAAUUUCGCGAGAAAAAAUUAUUGCUGGCGACUUUCAUCGGAUACAGAUUCGGCACAAAUAGAUACUUUAUAACAAAAAAAAUCGAAGAAUGAUUCGUUCCCAGGUGAGCGUCUCGACAAUUUGGUGGAUUUGAAAUAUAACCCGGAGACGCUUUCUGAAUUAUUUCAGAGUAUAGCGGUCGAGUCGCGUGGAGACAUGAAGAAGGCCAUUUGGAUGCUACAGGCGAGUUUCGCGAAGAAAAGAGGACAGGAGAAGGGUGUGCAGCUGAUCGUCCCGGAGUGGGUGCGUCUGGUGCAGAAAAUAGUGACGAAAAUGAAGGAGGAAGACUUCAAUAGUAACGAAGCGUUGGGAAAGGGGGAGUUUCCCUUCGAAACGGUGAUCGGCUACAUUGAAAACCUCCUAAUCUCAGUCGAGCCAGAGGAACUCCUGUUGCAGUUGAGGAGAAGGUACCUGAAGAUACUGUCAGGCUUCUAGAAUUCUUAUAAUAUGUGCUCCUAGCUAGGUUUUGUGAAUCUAACUGGUUGUUUGAUGGAAAAUCUAGGGAAUCCAGUAAGCUUGAGCUGUCCAUCGUUUGUCCGCUCUGGAACAGGUUUUUGUCUUCAAUCGAGUUUUACGCCUCGUCGUUGCAUGGUCGUAUUGAGCUCCUGCGAAAGCACUGUGAGGUUGUGCAACGGGUUCGCGAAGGCGGACAGACGCCGAUCCUGCACGUUCUGGCCUUUGUCGGUUUUUCAAUAGGCCAGUUGCAAGAAAAGAAGCAGAAGGAUGAUGAUCGGCACAUGCGACGAAGUCUUCUCGAGUUUUACAAUCAACGAAAAACAGAAGAAGCGGAUCCAGCGUUGCAGGAGCGAUUGCGCUUGAGAAAGGAAGGACUGGAAAAACCGAAACUCACUCUGCUCUAGUGCGUAGCCUUGAAUCCUAGUACAACUCUGCCCUGUUGGCUGUGUUUUUCUUGGAGGUACAAAGCUUCAUGCUACGCCUUGACUUCAUGAUCUUGACACUUUUUGGUCCUUCGCAAAAGAAAGAAAGAAAUGAAUCGCGAAAAGACGGUUGAUGUUGAAGCAUCCAAGCAUGAUCUGUUGCGGUUGGAAAUUGUUGUUGUAAAAAACUAAAACUGCAUGAUCAUCCGCUUCCCAUUCAAAUAAAAUUACUAAAAAGCAGCUUUGUGUCUUCUC